CUUUCCUGAUGGCCGUUCCGUUUUACGGUAGCGAACUACUCUCAUCACAGUUAGCUGUCAGUGCACAUCAUCAUACACCAGUACGUAGGUUACAAUAGAGAGAAUACAAGUUGCUGAAAAACUGGAGAUAGAAACAUACUGUAGGUCAGAAGGAGACAUCUCUUUUACUUAUCCUGUGCACAUUUUCCCCCUAUUUGUAACAAAUAAUGGAGGCAAGAUAAGUAUGAGUCCUGGGGUGGCAGAAAUAUCUUUGCAAUGGUACAAAAUUUUGGUCCCGUGGGAGGACUCACUCAUUGAGGUGGACAGCCAAUGGGAGGAGAGCACAUGGCCCCACUGUUAUCCAGACAGGACGCACUCAACGCAGUAUAUAAGCAGGCACUGCCGAGCCUGAUCGUCAGAGCUAACUACAGCAAAGCAAGGGAGCACCACAACCUCGUAUUCAGAUUUCUUGAUAGACAGGAUCAGAUUAACACCAGAAGAUGAUGCAGGCCGCCGUUGCUUUGUCGGCCGUGCUGCCCGUCGCCCUAAGGUGCAGGCCGGCGGCGAGGAGGAGCAGCAGCGCCACCGUUGCCGGCGGCAGAAGGAUUGUGGGUGGCGGUGGCGUCCGUGCGUCGGCCGCGGCGGCGCCGGAGGCGGACUACAGCUCCAAUGUCUCGGUGUUCCCCAUGGAGGCCUGCGACCUGGUCGGCGGCGAGGCGUGCGACGCGCAGAUGUACCCGGAGACGAAGCUCGGCGGCGGCGCUGCUGCUGCUGCCGUCGCGAGGGCGCCGGAGGUGGAGAGGGAGUACCUGGCCUACGACGAGCCAAAAACGGUGUUCCCGGACGAGGCGUGCGACGAUCUUGGCGGUGAGUUCUGCGAGGCGCCAUACCAAACCAGCAAGUAGCUGCUAGUAGCAGGAGUAUUAUCCAUGAAGUUACACUUGUUCUUAGCAGGGAUCGAUCGAUGUACAUCAUGGGAAGCAUAAGCAAAAACAUGCUGCUACGCCGUCUGUACUGUAUUGUACAUAAACGAAAUGGAGUCAUUACUUUGUCGUCGGAUUA